AUGUCAACACCACUCGUCCAAGCCCAGUACGGCAGCUAUGCAGCGGCUCAGACAGAAAAAGAUACCGCCUACAACGAGCGUGUGGCUAGUGCGUUUGGAUACACGACGGAGGACCUUGUGAGCAUCCCGCAGAACGCAAAUCUGGGCGUUAGUUGCGGGAAUCCGAUUGCUAUGGCGGGUCUGAAGGAGGGAGAGGUGGUCAUAGAUAUGGGUUCUGGCGCCGGCAUGGACGUCUUUAUCGCUGCCCGCAAAGUCGGGCCUACCGGAAAGGUCAUCGGAAUAGACAUGACACAGGAAAUGCUCGACCUCGCCACCAAAAACGCCCUCAAAGGCAACUACUCCAACGUCGAAUUCAUCAAAUCCUACAUCCACUCCACCCCCACCCUCGCCGCCAACACCGCCAACGUCAUCACCUCAAACUGCGUCCUUAACCUCCUCCCCCCCGCACAAAAGCCCGCCGUCUUCACCGAGAUGUUCCGCCUCCUGAAGCCCAGCGGGCGCGUUGCCGUCUCGGACAUCCUCGCGCGCAAGCCGCUGCCCGAGGACAUCAAGGCGAGUGCCGCACUCUACAUAGGCUGCGUCGGCGGCGCGAGCCUCGUGGAGGAGUAUCAAGCGUGGAUGAAGGAUGCGGGGUUUGAGGAUGUGGUAAUCGUGGACACGAAGAAGGACCUCAAUAUCUACAAAGAGGGUAUCAUCAACGUUUCCGGCACCGACACUGACGCCGGCGAGAAGAAGAAGAGCUGCUGUAAGCCCGCGCCGAAGGCGUGUUGCGGGGCGCCAGAGGUGACAUCGAAUGUGGCCGGGAUUGCGGAUUAUGAUCUUAACGAGUUUGCGGGCGCGUUCCAGAUCUACGCGGUGAAGCCCGCUGUGGCUGCGUAG